UCCUCCCGACAAGCCCCCCUAAGCCACCGACUUCCUUUUCCUUUGAAAACCGGAAAAAAGGGCUUGAAAUUCUCCUUCUUUCUUGUUCAAUAACAAGAUUUAGGACUUAGAACACUCCCCUAAACCCAGAAAUUCCAAAUCUGCGUUGUCUUCUUCCCCUCUGUCCACCGGCCUCUGUUGUGUGGGGUUGAGUUCGGUUUUCUGCACCGUGAGUCUUCCCUGCAGAUUUGCCGCUGGCCUCUUCCCCCGCCAGGUCCGGUUCUGCAACUGGAAAAUUUAGGGUAAGUUGACAGCUCCUCCAAGUCCAAAUUAUCCAUGUAAUUGUUGCCUUGUGUUGAUUGGAAUUUCUGCUUUUGAAUUUCCCUUUUUGCUGUCUGAAAAUGGAAGAAAUUUAGGUGAAAUUGUGCUGGAAGGUGGAAUGAAUUUUGGUAGCUUUAAGUGGGUUUUUGUUUAAUUUAAGUGGAGGUUAGCUUGAGUUGAUUGUUGUGAGGUUAAUUGUGGAAAUCCCAUGAAUUUCCAUUGUUUUGCCAAAGUUGAUUCCUCCAUGUGCUCCCCAUGGGUUGUUCGAAAUCUGCUGGAAUAUGGGGGGAAUUUGGUAGCCUUUUUGACAUGUUUUUAGCUUAAUUUAUGUAGGAUUAGUUGAUUUGGGCUGUUGCGAUUCUUGGAGAAAAAUCCCGUGAUUUGCUAUUGUUUUGCUAAAUAGGAUUAAAUGAAAUAAAGUCCUAUUCCCCUAUUUUGUUCUGUCCGUGGGAGUAGAAUAAAUUAUAUAUGAAUGUGUAUAUAAAGAUAUAUAUAUACGCAAUUUGGGUAAUGAAAAUAAAUAAAAUAAAAGUAAUAAAUAUUGCAUUUUGGGAUUGGUCGGGAACAAUAGAAAAAGGAUUAAGUAUGUAGUUUUAUAUGGGUAUUAAUUUUUGGAUGUUUUGAAUUAGGUUCUUGAUUGUUCUAUCGAUUUAGCACUGAGAUCGAGCCUUUUGUUUUAAGCGAGUGAGGUAAGUAAAUUUAUGGUAAUGCCCGUACAGUUUUUAAAACAUGUUUGACUUGUUUUUGAAAUAGUGGCGGGACUAAACCCGUUUUAUACAAAAUGAGCAUGACUGAUUUGAAGUAAAAUUUUUAUGCUUUUCAUUAAAUUGAGCAUGCCUACUUGAAAUUUAAUUGAUUGUCCUGAUGAUUUGAAAGUGAUUGGUGAAUUAUGAUUUUUCUGUUAACUUCUGCUUGUUUUGUCUUUGAUGUGGUUAUGUUAUUGAUGAUCCUGCUUGUGGGGGUUAAACGCUAGCACAUGUCGACAUGUUAUUGAUAGAACCGGUUCGUUUGAAUGACCCUGCUAGUUGGGGUUAUACAUCAGCAAAUACUGUAGCCUGCCAGUGGGAGGUUUAUAACACUGGCCAUGACCUAUAGAGGAGACGUCUAUUUCGUUCCCGUACUGUAUCCGUUUUCGUGAUUGCACGUGUUGGCAUGCUAUAAGUUUAAUAAGGGCACUCCAUAUUUUACUUACUGAGUUUAUUUCAUAGUUUUCCCUUGUACACCAUUUCAAGUAGUAUGACCUGAGACACGGAAAUCAAGGGGAGUGACGAGCUAAUUGGCUAGCUAUUGCAUUUGGAUAUAGAUUUUGAGUUUAGAUUGUCCUUGUAAGCUAGAUUCAUUAUUUUGAGUUUAAGUCAUGUUGGACAUAGAUUUAUGAAAUAUAUUAUCAUUUUUGGAAGAUAGAUUGUACCUUGAAUUUUAUGGUAUUAAAACAGAUUUUGCGAGAAUAGAGUUUGUGAUUUGGAUAAGUUUCGAGACUUGUGCAUUCGUGGGACCCUUUCACGAAUGCACAGUGUUUGUCGCGCCUCGAAUUCGGGUUUU